GUCUGUAUAAAACAGAUAAAAUAUUCUACUCGUUUAUCUUUUGCAGUCGUUUUCAAGCAUUUUGAAGAAUUUACAAGAUGCAUAUAGCUCAAGUAUUGAGUCUUGUUCUUGGCAUUUACUGUGCCCGUUUAAUGGCUGAAAUCUGCCCUCCUGAUUGGCACCGAUACGGCGAGUCAUGUUACUUCAUUAUAAAGGACAAGAUGGAUUGGUACCAAGCAAAUCGCACUUGUGCCGAGUCACGAGCAAACCUAGCUAUCCCAAACUCUCAAUCCGAACAGGAUAACAUAUGGGAACUAUUCCUGAAAGAACCUGAUCUGACACCAGAUGACCAUCUUUGGAUUGGUUGCAAUGACAUAUUGGAGGAGGGAAACUGGCAGAACUGUCCGUUGAAGGGUGAAACCAACGCCUAUGAGAAUUGGAAGGAUGGAGAGCCAAACGACUUAAAUGGUGAAGAUUGUGGGGUCCAAAUCAAGUGGAGGGGUGGUACAUGGAACGAUGACCACUGCGAAAACUCUCACUUUGUCGUAUGCGAGCUCCCUGUUAGCAGUGGUGGCCGCCUCACUCCUCAGUGCCUGCUACACCACGCCAUGGAGGAGUUCAUGGGUGAAGGCGUCGGAUCAUGCGGGAAGGCUUGCCGUUCACAUCCCCGAUGUCACUCCUUCAAUCUGCCUAAACAAGCUGGAGGGAAGAUGGUUUGUCCAUGAAGCAGCAAGGGUCAUUAGGAAACGGUGGAGACAUGAAGGAGAAUUAUGGAGGUACAGAAACGGAUUGUCAUCUAUUGAUGAAACUAGAAACUUUUAAUUGUUGGUGUUUAGUGAUGAUUGUUUUUUGUGGGAUACUCAAUAACUGAGAUUUCUAGUGGAUGGUAAAUUCAAUGAUGAUGAAUGAGGUAUGUUGACAAUUAUAUCGUGUAGUCAAAGUAAAGCCGUAGCUUUAUAAGCGUAUGUUAUAGAGGGGGCGAGGGUGGCAGGCAGUAGUCGUAUGUAACGUUGGUGCAAGAGGUCAAUACAAUGUAAUGGUACCAAUUUGACACACUCAACUGCCACAGCCUGCAGUCGCCAAUACAGGCACGGCCCAAUGCUUCAUUGUUAACUAGUCUGGUGCAAUUUUUGCCAUAUUUAUUCGUAAAUGUUCUCUGCUUUAGCAAGUUUUUGGGACGAUGGUUUGUCUAGAAAGCAGCAAGGACCAUAAAACAACGGCUAAAGGUGGAAAUGGAAGACACAGUAACCGAUUGAAAACGUGUUGAUUAGGUUCACAUUUUUUAACUCUUGGUGUUUAAUGAACAGGAUUAGUGAUUUUUUGUUUCGUCAGACACUAAACAAAAAUAUGUUUUUUAGGUGACGGUCGAUUUGAUUAUGAUUGCAGAUCUUGAUCCUGAAAACUUUACAAAAUUGUUUAAUUUAGCUGUUGUUUUUAAGGUUAUGAUGCACUGUAAAAACAGUGCUUAGUUUACAAUAUAAGUUGUACCGACUUUCUAAACAUGUGGUAAUCAUUUUGACACCUGCUUACAUGGUUUGUAGGAUUCAAACUCACGCAAGAGUCUAAACAUGAUUAAGAAUAACAUGAGGAAAACGUCGUUACAGAAGUAUUCUUAGAAAUGUGUUUCAAAUCUAAAAACUUUUUCAAGAUUGUGUAUUUGCACCAUUUUCUCAGCACAAUUAUCAACAGUUAUUUAAUUACAAAGUAUUAAACA